AUGAUAUUUCUGCGAAUAAUAAAGAAGUGUACGGUAACAUUGAAACCUGUAAAGGGUAUUUUUCCGAAGUUUAUUCCAGUUUUAUUCCAGGUGGCUGCCGCGGCUGGUCUAGCAAUUCCCGAUCUGGUUUCUACGGCACAAUCGUCACGACCUUGUCCUGACAAAAGGGUAAUCGAAGAAAGUCGGAUUGCGCAUGAGCCACCAUCGAUCCUAGGUGCAAGACCUAAUCCGAAGUGUUAUGCCUUUAAUGUUAUGAGUGUUAUGAGUUCGUCGAAGCCAUCCUGUUGUGCACUUACAGCAAGUCUUUUCGAUGUGUAA